AUGGCGCACAGCGGAAGAGAAAACGAGCCGGCCACCAAAUCGCCUGUGUCACAGGGCGAAAGUCCCACGCCGCCUGUGCCUCGGGGCGACCUUCCCAAGCUACGUGUUUCGUCACCCACUGACCGGCCAGCUUCUUCGCCUUACAUCGACCCCGCCACUGGCGAAGCUAUUCCUAUAGAAAAAGGAGACUGGCGACGGACGGGUGUUAUUGAAAAGCCGACACAGCUUCAGAACGACCAGCCGGUCGCUCACGAGAGAAAUGCAUUGGACCCCAAUCAACUGGACUUCGGUAUAGAGAGACAAGAGAGCCGUCUUCCGGAUGAGGGGGAGGUUGACUUUUGA